AGCGCGAGUUUGGAAGAAAGUCAGACACACAAAUAAAUGUAGGUACCACACCACGAAAUAAUGCAAAAGAGAAAGCAUCCCCUCCCGUUCCCUAAACCAAAACUCCUCCGUACAACGGCAUGGAAAUGCUGUGAGAAGAGGCAGAGGCUGAAAAGACUGAACAGGCGGUUGGAGAGGAUCAAAUCUGAUAUCGAAGAAAGAAGCGAAGAGCAGGAAGAGAUCAAAGAGAAGCAGACGGAGUUAAGAGAAAAAUUUGAAGCCAUUGACUUGGAAUGCGCGCAACUUCAGAACGAGACUAGGUUGAUAAUACAGCAAAGUGCCAGAACCCAGAUCCGCUUAGCUCUCAUGUUUCAGAUUCUGAAAGCAAGAGAAAACCAGGAACUGGACAAGGCAGCCUUGCUCACCAAUGCUCUUCGUGAAUUGAUAGCGAGGGAAGAGCAGGAAAUGAAUGGUUCUGGAAAAUGAAGGUUGCAGGUGGAGCCGAGUUCAAUCGUUAUUGAUUUUCUUUUCAUGUCUGUCAUCCAACUUUCAGUACUGUUUGCGUCUUCACGUUUAGGUAGUAUGUUUGGAUUAAAUAAUAGUUUAUGUUGUUGUACAGCUGCAUGUCAUACUGCAACACGAACCAACCAGCAAUGUUUACAUUUACCACGAA